CAUGGAGCCCAUUGAGCUGCUUGUGGGAUCAAGUUUCGAGCAUUGUGAUUGGGUCUCUCACACACACUCUCUCUCUUUUUGAAAGUUUAUUAAGGAGGGCUAUUACAGACAAUCCCUGCUGAAGAUGAGGGUUGGAAGCAAGGAAAAGGAAGAUAGGAACCCAGAGAGAGAAAAUUUUUAAAGAUAGAAAGUUGAUGGAAAAAGCUGAAAGUUCAAAAGCAAGUUAAAAGAAAGCUGAGGAAACCGAAAGCAAAAAUAAAUACACCUUUUAUUUUUCUUCUCUCUUUCUCCUUCUCCUCCUCCUUCCUGUGCCUUGUGUACCUGUUCCAUCUCUCUCUCUCUCUCCCAAUGAUCUCUUUCUCUUCUUUCACCUUACUUAAUUCUAUCACCAGCAUAGCCUCAGACACAAACAUAGCCCCUCCUUGCUUCUCUUCUUAGGCCUGUUAUCAGCAUCAUCAAAGCACUUAGUACCAUGUUAGCCAAUAACUUAUCUCCAUCGUCAGUUCCCACUUCUGAGCCUUUUCCCUGCACUGAUAACACCACUGCCACCAAUAAAAGGAAGAGAAGGCCCGCAGGAACACCAGAUCCAGAUGCAGAGGUGGUGUCCCUCUCGCCAAAGACUUUGUUGGAAUCGGAUCGUUAUGUGUGUGAGAUCUGCAACCAGGGGUUCCAGAGGGACCAGAACCUUCAGAUGCAUAGGAGGAGGCACAAGGUGCCAUGGAAGCUGUUGAAGAGGGAGACACCAGUGGUGAGGAAGAGAGUGUUCGUGUGUCCUGAACCAACUUGUUUGCACCAUGACCCAUGUCAUGCCUUGGGUGAUCUUGUUGGGAUAAAGAAGCAUUUCAGGAGGAAGCACAGCAAUCACAAGCAAUGGGUUUGUGAAAGAUGCUCCAAAGGCUAUGCAGUGCAGUCUGAUUACAAAGCACAUCUCAAAACGUGUGGCACCCGGGGCCACUCUUGUGAUUGUGGUCGUGUUUUCUCAAGGGUGGAGAGUUUCAUUGAGCACCAAGAUGCUUGCAACAUGGGGAGGCUUAGGCCUGAAUCUCAACCUCUUCAACCAUCUGCAUGCUUGUCUAGAACUGCUUCAAGCCCAAGUCCUUCAAGUGAAACCAAUUUCAGCACAGCUCCUUGGCCAACAAGAAUGAUAAUACCAAAGCCAGCAGAACCUCCCACAAUUUUCAUGAACAACCCUAUUACUGCUAUCACCACUGCUGAAACCUCAUCCAAGAACAACAAACUCCACCCCAACUUGGAUCUUCAACUCUCCACCCCCACCAGUAACAACAACAAGAACAACACCAACACCAGCACCAACACAUCAAAUAUUGGAAACCUCAUUGAUGCUGCAAUAUCCCCUAAGAGGGACCAUGAGAACCACUCAACCCAUUUGCAACUCUCAAUUGGUUCAUCAGAUAUGAGUGAGAAAAAUGAAUCAAACAGGAACUCGUCAGAGAAAAGCAGCAACAGCAACAGCGAGAAGCAGUCCAACAUGGCCUUGUUGAGGGUUCAGGAGCAAGCAAGGGAGCACUUGAGGAUAGCAAUGGCUGAGAAAGCAUAUGCUGAGGAAGCUAGGAAACAAGCCAAGAGGCAGAUUGAACUUGCGGAACAAGAGUUCACAAACGCCAAGAGGAUAAGACAACAAGCACAAGCGGAACUGGACAAAGCCUACGCCUUGAAAGAACAUGCAAUGAAGCAAAUCAACUCCACCAUGCUCCAAAUCACUUGCCAUGCUUGCAAACAACAGUUCCAAGCUCGAAAUGCAGCACCGGACGAGAAUUCCUUGGUGUUGAGCUACGUGUCUUCUGCUAUAACCACAGAAGGAGGAGAAGUAGAAAACGAUAAUGGAAAAGAUCAUAUGGGAAAGACAACUAACUCUACUUAGAGAGAGUUAAUUAACGAUCUUCUUCUUCUUCUUCAUCAUCAUCAUCGUCUUUCUCUCUACAGUCUAUUCUGUAUUUUAUUUUUCUAUGUCCUCCUUUAUGAUGGGUUAAUACUUAAUACCCUUUUUUUCUUUCAUUUCAACGCUAAUAUCUUUGUGAAUUGGUAUACCAAGUGAAGUGAAGGUGAGUGGUGCUGAUUAUGUAAGUGGGAUUAAUAGAGCACGGGGUGGAGAAAUUAAAGAGUGUAAUUCUUCGUGUAACUCGCAGUUUAUUGUGCCAUGUUUAUUUGUUAAUUAAAUUUGGUAUAAAUGCAGACUAUGAUAAAAAGGCUUUCUCGCUGGUUUAAUUAUA